AUGGAUGAGAUACCAUGUCCGCAUGCAUGGGCUUUUUUGAAGAGUAAAAGCCUUAUGCCUGAUGAUUUUUGCUCAGAUCUAUUCAAACCAAAAACAGUGGUGAAGACGUAUGAUGUGCCAGUUGAUCCUCUACCUAACGAGAGUGAGUGGAAUAUUUCUAAACAUAUAUCCGAUGAAGUUGUUUUACCACCGAGAUACAAGAGACCCCCAGGAAGGCCAAAGAAAAAGCGAGACAAACCAUUAAUGAAGACGAUGAUUGGUAAACGUAGGAACGCUUCUAAUACUUGUGGACGUCUUGGCCACAAUAGGCGUUCUUGUUCUAAUGAGCCUCGUAAGAAGUAG